AUGGAGAUCUGUGUCAUCAAAGUUGAAAUUGAGGAUUUGAACGACAACGCGCCCAGAUUCCCAACUAGCCACAUUGAUAUUGAAAUCUCAGAGAACGCCUCCCCUGGUACCAGGUUUCCCCUAGAGGGGGCAAGCGAUCCGGACUCGGGGAUCUUUGGAGUGCAGUCAUAUUCCAUCACUCCAAAUGAGCUUUUCGGACUAGAAAUCAAGACUCGAGGAGAUGGGUCCAAAAUUGCUGAGCUUGUUGUGCAAAAAUCCCUGGACAGAGAAACCCAGUCCCACUAUUCUUAUGAAAUCAGCGCAGAAGAUGGAGGAGACCCUCCUAAGAUAGGUGCGGUCCAGUUAAACGUCAAGGUAAUUGAUUCUAACGACAAUAACCCUGUUUUUGAUGAGCCCGUGUAUACUGUUAACGUGAUGGAGAAUUCCCCCAUCAACACAUUAGUCAUAGAUCUGAAUGCAACGGAUCCUGACGAGGGGACCAAUGGAGAGGUUGUGUACUCAUUCAACAGUUACGUCACUGAAAAAACGAGAGAGGCUUUCAAAAUUGACCCCAGAACCGGAAUCAUCACUGUUAACGGAGUUUUGGAUUAUGAAGCCACGCAAAUAUACGAGAUCGACGUCCAGGCCAAAGAUUUAGGUCCCAACUCCAUCCCAGCUCACUGCAAAGUCACAGUGAAUGUGAUGGAUACGAACGACAACCCACCUGUCAUCAGCCUGCUCUCCUUAAACACAGAGAUGGUGGAAGUUAGUGAAAACGCGCAGCGUGGAUAUGUCAUUGCGCUGGUGCGCUCCACGAGGAUGUUUGGAGAGAACGCCAAGUCCACGUACGAGAUCACCGUCGUGGCCAGGGACCAUGGCAAACCCUCCCUGUCCGCCUCGGCCUACAUCGUGGUGUACCUCUCACCAGACCUGAACGCACAGGAGGCCAUCGGACCUGUCAACCUGUCCCUCAUCUUCAUCAUCGCCCUGGGCUCCAUCGCAGCCAUCCUGUUCAUCACCAUGAUUUUUGUGGCAGUCAAGUGCAAAAGGGAUAACAAGGAGAUCCGGACGUACAACUGCAGGGUGGCGGAGUACUCAUACGGCAACCAGAAGAAGUCGAGCAAGAAGAAGAAGCUGAGCAAGAACGACAUCCGCCUGGUGCCGCGAGACGUGGAGGAGACAGACAAGAUGAAUGUGGUGAGUUGCUCAUCUCUCACCUCCUCGCUCAACUACUUCGACUACCACCAGCAGAGCCUGCCGCUGGGCUGCAGGCGCUCGGAGAGCACCUUCCUCAACGUGGAGAACCAGAACUCGCGCAAUGCCGCUCCCAACCAUGGCUAUCAGCACCCAUUCACGGGGCAAGGCCACCAGCAGCCAGACCUCAUCAUCAACGGCAUGCCGCUGCCAGAGGUGAGAUACUAUCCAAUGCGCUAUGUCCUUGAUCCUUAG